UUUCCAGACGUUCAGAAGAGUGCUGGAUAGUGAAAUGAAAGCCACCCACCGGGAAGGCAAAUCGCUUGCGGAGAAUCGUACAAGACGAGAGAAAGAAGCUAUUACAGAUGAUGAUGAAGGUUUGCUGUGGUCAAAAGGCUUACUGGGAGACAAAACUGCUCAAAGUUUGGUUUACACAAUUUAUUUCUAUAUCCACCCUCGAAGCCUAAGGAAGACGAAAAGUUUCAAAUUUCCGACGAGGAACUUGAUAAGUUUUUGA